AGCUUGACACAGUAUCUCCAUCUCAUUAGCACUGAAUGUAAUCAUUAGUCAAGUGCCCCUUCUUCAGUUCCAGUUUUGUUGUGCCUGGGUAAGCUUAGUUCCCUAUAAAGUAAGGUAAAUAUUACCAUGUCUGGACCACGGUCUCAGAGGAAAGUGAGAAGGGGAAGCUACAACAGCAACAUUACUACAAAGAAUCUGCAGCUCAAGAAUCUUGCUCACCGUCGAGGUUCAGCACCUUCACUUGCAUUCGGCAAAGCUUUGAGCAAGCCCUGGUCAUCGUCACCCAGAGAUAGUCUGGGGUAUCCAGUCUCCAUUGAGGAGUGUCCAUUUGUGUUGGGCUUGACCAGAGAGAAUUCAAAGCUGAUCCUGAAUGACUGUGUGCAAUUGACACAAGACACGAAGACUAAAGAGAUUCAUCUUUUCCUCUUCACUGAUUCACUUAUUAUCGCCAAGUUAAAAUCUGGCACGACCUUCAGAUUAAAGCACAGAUUGGAUCUCUGUGAGCUGUGGUUAGUAUACGGUGAGGAGGAGGAGGAGGAUGAAGCUUGUACAUUCAGUUUCAACUCUAAUAGUUCCAUCAUCCUCAUCUGGCCCACUGGAAUCUGCAUGGUGUCUUUCCGUUCGCUGGAGGUAAAAGAACUGUGGCUGGAUACCAUCCUCUGGCAAACAAAAGAAACCAAGGAAACCAGAAUCACUAAAGUUCCAUCAACUAAAUUCCUAAUGAAGGUGUUAGGUAGCUGCAAUGCUCCAAAACCUCUAAAUAUCAACAAUAUGGAGUCUUUGAUUGAGUGCCAGUCAGAAGGAGAUAUCAAGAAAUGCCACUUGAUGGUGUCUUGUGAUAGUGAAGAUGGGCUUUGCCAUCUGAUUGAUGGUAAUAAAAAAAGAAAGAAGGUGAUCUCAUGGCCCUUUGCAUUGAGAUGGAACCCUACUGCAUCAGAAUCUUCAGGACAUUUAGAACCUGAUCUAAAGACCUCUCUGUUUGAUCAGCCUCUGUCAAUUGUCUGUGGUGAAGACGACACACUCCCCAAACCUAUACAGGAUAUCCUUACUACACUGUACUUGAAAGGACCUUUCACUGAAGGAAUAUUCAGAAAAGCGGCCAAUGAAAAAGCACGCAAGGAAUUGAAGGAAGAACUGAAUUCAGGAGGAAAAGUUGACUUGAAAAGCAAACCUGUGCAUCUGUUAGCAGUGGUCUUUAAGGAUUUCCUCCGAAAUAUCCCACAUAAACUGCUCUCAUCUGAACUUUAUGAUGAAUGGAUGACAGCAAUGGAGAAGCAGAGCAAUCCUGACAGAAUUGAAGGAUUGAAAGAGGUUGCAGACAAAUUACCACGGCCAAAUCUUCUCUUGCUUAAGCAUUUGGUCUUCGUGCUUCACCAUCUCAGCAAAACCUCUGACGUCAAUCGGAUGGAUUCCAGCAAUCUUGCUAUCUGCAUAGGUCCAAACCUGCUGACUCCAAAGCAGGAUGAGACCUUACCACUCGAAGUCCAGAAACAGCUGAAUGACAAGGUUAAGACAUUAGUGGCAUUCCUCAUUGACAACUACUUUGAAAUAUUUGGGGAAGAUAUAUCUUUGCUCUUCAGUCCAUCAGCUGAUGAUUCACUAGAAUACACAGACAGUUCCACAGAACUGUUAUCUCCCACUCAGCAAAAUGACUCUGCUUACGACAGCACUGACCCUGAGGCUGAAUGCAGUUCCAGCAUCUCUGAAAUCAAGCCGCUCCAGAAGGCCACAGGGAGAACCGCUAGCCUGCGCUGCAGAGAGACACAGUGCCAAAAACCACAGGGCCUCCCCGCCUUUGCCUCUUCACUGACUGUUUUUAAAAAAUCCAUAAGCACACAGGAUAGGAGAUACUCUGAGCCAGACAUGUCCUUGCAGGACUCUCUUGAAGGCAAAAUAAGGAGCCAGAAGCUAACCAAAAGCGAGGAUAACUUCACCAUCCAGCAGGAACAGCUGGGGCUGCAAGGUCAAGAAUUGGAAAAGCAACUGCCAGGGCAGUUUUUUCCUGGAAGUCGCUAUAGGAAUAAAAAGCCACCCCACCUAAGUGUGAAAACAAAUUUGCCAUCAGAAUUAUCAAGUGGAUCAUUGCCAAAAACAUCCUCCAGCUGUUCCUUGGAUAGCUCCUUAUCCAAUUCUGAUUGCUCUGUCUUUACCAGCUCACCAUUAGUUUCUCCUUCCAGCCCCAAGAGAACCUUCUUAACCAGACCCCAGUCCUUUUCUACCAAGACUGCAGAUGAAAUUGCUAACCCCAACAGAGAGAUCAAAAAACACUCCAUGUCAUUUUCAGUUGUUAGCAAGAAAGUGCUUACAAAAACCCAAAGUUGGGAGCCUGGAAAAACCAUGUGCUUUCAAAGAAGCAGCUUCAAGCAAAACUCAAAGAAAGAAAAUCAGUUUUUACGCAGAACAGUUGAGGAACCCUGUACCAUCAACAGCAAACAAUUGCCUGUGGUACCUCAAACAAGGUCUUCUUUCAGGUCAGCUGAUGAGGUGUUUAGAGAAGUGGACCAGAAAAAUCCCGGCAAACCACCAUCAUAUGAAGAGGCUACUAAAAACUGCCUAGCUGCUAAGGUCCCUUCAUACAGUAGCUUAACAGUUCAGAAUAUGAGAGCAACUGUGUCAAAACAAGACUCUUUUUCUCCUCAUCCAUGUCUCAGCAAUGGAGGGGUUACAACAGAGGCUCUACCUUGUGACAGACAUUUUGUGGUAAAUGAUUCUCGGGGACAAACUGAAACUAUUGACAUUGCUGUAAAUUCCCGGGUAAGUUUACCUGUAACCCCUCGAGUUUAUCGUCUUAGGACUAUGUCUGAGUCCUAUCAAAAGAACAAACAAGAGUGUCUGAUUCGACGAUGCAGUCAGCCAGUCUUUGAGAUUGACCAGAUCAAAUAUGCUAAGGAAUCCUAUGUUUAAAUAGACUGUGUGCUCUCAAUACAAUGUACAAAGUUAACGUGGUAUAAAUAGAUAUCUUGCAAAACAUUGUCCACAACAUUUUACUUUAAAAGGACCAAGAUUAAGCUAGCUUGACGCGAACACUUCUUUUGUAUAAAGCUUUUCGGAAACUGAAUGUCAGCUUAAUGUAUUGUGUUUUUCCAGCUUUGAGUGUGUGUGGUGCAUUAUAAUGUUGAAAAAGUGUAUAUAUUGCACAUAUUAUGUUACAUUGAAAGAAAACAGAAGGAAUGCUAAAGUUAUGUGAUAAACCAUGUUGUUUUUCUAUACUUCACAGUCACUUUCAAGGCUGGGGGGGCCAAAACUUAACCCACUAGCCUUUUCUCCUAUAGACAUAUGAAAGCAUUGUGUAAUUUGCUGUAUGUUUUUUUCCGAUAACACAAUCUAUCAGUCUCAGAACAUGUUCCAUCAUCAAGUCCAGUCUCACCCUUGCCUAACGCAGGACUGCUCCUCACAACAUAUUUUUCUAGAGCUCUGUCUGGUUUUAAAUGACUCAAGCAAUGUUGUUUCCACCACUUACCUUGGGAUACUCUUUCACAUGCUAAUAAACCUCACUCUUAUGAAGUUGUUCCUACUAUUCACGCUACAUUUCCUUUCUCUUGAUUUUUACUUCAUCACUACUAGUUAUACUACUAUUUCCCCCCAAACAACCUGAUAGCUCUUUGAAACCUACCUUGAAGAACAUUGUAAUUAUAUAACAUACUGGUCAGUGUCUUUUAAUCUUAUGCACAUAAAAAUGACUGGAAGUGUAAUGUGUUUUCACAUGUAUUAGCUCAUAUUUUAAAAGCACUUAUCUCCAGUUUAUGGUUCAAUGCUUUGAAUCAAGGCUGGGGAGACUUUUUGGUUUUUACUCCAAUGUAGUUUCACUACAA